AUGUCAGCCACUAGUACUGUUCCUUCAGAUACAGCAACCACAUCAGCCUCCACUCCUACAAUGUCAGCCACUAGUACUGGUCCUUCAGAUACAACAACCACAUCAGCCUCCACACCUACAAUGUCAGCCACUAGUACCGUUCCUUCAGAUACAGCAACCACAUCAGCCUCCACACCUACAAUGUCAGCCACUAGUACUGUUCCUUCAGAUACAGCAACCACAUCAGCCUCCACUCCUACAAUGUCAGCCACUAGUACUGUUCCUUCAGAUACAGCAACCACAUCAGCCUCCACUCCUACAAUGUCAGCCACUCAUACCAUUCCUUCAGAUACAGCAACCACAUCAGCCUCCACUCCUACAAUGUCAGCCACUCAUACCAGUCCUUCAGAUACAGCAACCACAUCAGCCUCCACACCUACAAUGUCAGCCACUAGUACUGUUCCUUCAGAUACAGCAACCACAUCAGCCUCCACUCCUACAAUGUCAGCCACUAGUACUGGUCCUUCAGAUACAGCAACCACAUCAGCCUCCACUCCUACAAUGUCAGCCACUAGUACCGUUCCUUCAGAUACAGCAACCACAUCAGCCUCCACUCCUACAAUGUCAGCCACUAGUACUGGUCCUUCAGAUACAGCAACCACAUCAGCCUCCACUCCUACAAUGUCAGCCACUAGUACUGGUCCUUCAGAUACAGCAACCACAUCAGCCUCCACUCCUACAAUGUCAGCCACUAGUACCGUUCCUUCAGAUACAGCAACCACAUCAGCCUCCACUCCUACAAUGUCAGCCACUCAUACCAGUCCUUCAGAUACAGCAACCACAUCAGCCUCCACUCCUACAAUGUCAGCCACUAGUACCGUUCCUUCAGAUACAGCAACCACAUCAGCCUCCACUCCUACAAUGUCAGCCACUAGUACUGGUCCUUCAGAUACAGCAACCACAUCAGCCUCCACUCCUACAAUGUCAGCCACUAGUACUGUUCCUUCAGAUACAGCAACCACAUCAGCCUCCACUCCUACAAUGUCAGCCACUAGUACUGGUCCUUCAGAUACAGCAACCACAUCAGCCUCCACACCUACAAUGUCAGCCACUAGUACUGUUCCUUCAGAUACAGCAACCACAUCAGCAUCCACUCCUACAAUGUCAGCCACUAGUACUGGUCCUUCAGAUACAACAACCACAUCAGCCUCCACUCCUACAAUGUCAGCCACUAGUACCGUUCCUUCAGAUACAGCAUCCACAUCAGCCUCCACACCUACAAUGUCAGCCACUAGUACUGUUCCUUCAGAUACAGCAACCACAUCAGCCUCCACUCCUGCUACCAAUCAUCCAGUUUCAGCAGACAUGCCAUCAUUGCCUGUUGUUGCUGCUGGUGACACAAGAGGAAAUACCAAAAUCUGUAACAAUAAAGAAGUUUGCAAUCCUCGAGACAGACCCGGGGCUAUGGAACAUUAA